AUGUAUAGAUUUGGAGAAAAUAUUCAUUAAGAAUUUCAAAAAAAGUAUGAUAAAUACAUAGAUGAUAAGAAGAUUUAGAAAGAUAUUUAGUUAAGCGCUUAAGUAUUUGAAAUGCAUCAGAUGUUCACUAAGUGUUUAUAUAAUUUCAAACCUUUAAUUGCCUAGAAUUCAGAGGGCUACAGGAUUAUGAUAUUUCAUAUUCUUUAGGUCUAUUAGUAAUAUAUGCUAACAGGUUUAGUCAACACUGACUAAUUUAUUUAAAAAGAUAUUAAAGAACAUAUUAAGGAAAUAGAGUAUUUUAUAUAAUAUUUAAAGCUUAAAGUUAAGACCCAACCUUGCCUAGAUUUGGUUUUUCUUUCAGAGUUUUAUUUAGACAUAAACAGAAAUAGAGUAGGAUUAGAUACAGCUAGUUUAACAGGUUAUGAAAAACUUGCUGAUUUUAUGAUAGAUGCUGUUGUUUUUUCUUUAAAAGCUGUUGUUGCAAUACACACAGGAGCUGUUGUAGAGCUUAUUCCUGAUAUUGUCGAAUUUGUUUUGAAGGUUUGCAAAGAAUUAAAUGAUAUAAGAGAAUAUCAAAGUAAUCAAUUUGUAAAAGUAGAUGGAAUUCAAAUUAAAAAUAUGAAAUUUCUCUUUCUAUUCAACUUAUAUAAAACAAAAAUUGAUAAAUUUAAAGGAGAAUUUCUUCGACUUCCAGCUGAAAAAGAAAUUGAGUUCUUUAUAGAGCAAUAUCUUAUUUUUAAAGAAAAAAAACUUUCUGAUUAAUACAUGCUUUAUAUUUUAGCAUAAAUUAACUUUUUGUUUGAUGUAGUACUUUUCGAAAAGAGUAGCAAGUCUGAUUUUGAAGGUAUCAAAAAUGUAGCUGAUUUGAUGCAUAACUUUGUUGAUAUCUUACUGUAAAGAUCAAACAAUAAAGAUAAAUAAAAAGAAUAACAGAGUUAUUAUAGCUUUGCUGUUAAAAACACAACUUUUAGAUUUUUGGCUAAUUCUAUUCUAAUAAAGUAUAGAAUCAUUUUAGGAAAAAUCCCAUUUAAACAAGAGGAGUAGCAGCAAAUCACCAUUCACUUAAUUCAUAGUCUCUUAUCAGAAAAAGACGAUAGAGUAAAAAUACUCUUUAAAAAAGACUAGAAGCUAAUUGAUAUCGCAAAGCAAGUCAUUAUUGAUGACUAGCUAAGUUAAGACGUUAUUAAUUAUGCUAUUUAGAGAAUUCAUUCCAUGUAAGAAUACCACUUAGAAUCUGUUCAAGAAAAAAUCAGAAAUAAGUCAGAUAUUGAAAAGUAAAUAAUUAGAUGCCUUUAUGAAAAAUGGGAGGAUGAAGUCCAUAGAAGAUAGGAAAGCAAUAUUGAAUAAAAAGAUGAUGUUUUACUUGAAGUUAUACAAUUCUAUGUGAAUUAGAAAAUCACUGUUAUCAAAGGCUAACUAUCUUAAAAGGAGGAUCAAAAGCUUACUAACGCGAUUGAUGAUAUUUUUGAAUUCUUUUUAAAAUCUGAUAGUCUUUAAAGCAGUACAGAUGAAACUGUUUGCUAAGUUAAAAAAACUUGCAGAAUUUUAGGAAUUUUAGCUGAAGGUGGUGCAGGAAAAUCCAUGCUUUUAAGGUAGAUAGAGGCAAGACUAAAGGAAGAAGAUGAAGAUGGAUUAAGUAUUUUGCCAAUUUUUAUAAAAUGCAAUUCAUUAGAUGCUUAAAAUCCAUCAAUAGAGAGUUAUUUAGAAUCUUUUGAUUUCCCUAUUGAACAAAUCGAGAAGCUCAAGUAAUCUGAUUGGAAUAAGUUGAUUUUAUUAGAUGGCUUUGAUGAGUAUUCAGGAAAUUACUUUAAUGUUUACUCAUAAUUAAAAAUAAGUGAAUGGUAAAACACCCUCGUUAUUGUUUCUUCUAGGUAAGAAAAGCUCUCAGUAGAUGAUGCUAGUCUUUGUUUUAGCAUUAAAGAUGAUAAUUUCAAUGUAAUUGAAUCCUCAUACGUUUUAGUUAAGUUGCUGGAAUUUCAGAAGAAAGAUAUAGAAAUUUAUUAUCAAUAAUUCUUUAGGAAAUUAAGUAUUCAAUAAGAAUAUGAUGAGGUAUAGCAAAAGAAGCUAGAAUUAGAGAAAAUAAAAGUAAUGGAGGAGUGCCUAUAGAAUAAGCAAAUUGAGAAGCUACUUUAUUUACCAAUAAACUUAUACUUAUUUACAAGACUCAUAGCAGAAAUUUAGGACAAUUCAAAGAGAGACAUAAUUGAGUAAAUCACUGACUAAAUAAGUGUGCAAGAAUAUUUUUUUUCAUAGUAAUUUAGAAGAGAAGCGAUAUCAUUUAUCGAUGAUUAUAAAAUUCAAUCUAAAAUUUACAAUAGAGAGGAAUUAAUUACUAUGAUUGUAUCAAACUAUUUUACUUAUUUUUAAACGAUCGCUAUUCACAUGUUUUCAAAUUUGUAGAAAAAAAAUUUCUUGUAAGUGAGACUCUUUUAGAUUAAGAACAUAUUCAGCUUAAGUGAGAACGUUUAAUCAAUAUUAAAUGAUGAGCAGAAAGAGGAUUUAAAAUAAAAAAUAUUACUUUAUGAGAACUCUAAUAUUAUAACAAGAUUUUAAUCAUUAGAAAGUAUCAGAAACAACGGAGUUAAUGAUAGUAAUGUUUAAGAUUAUGUCAAUCUUUUGAGUUAGGAAGAUGAAAAUGAUAAAUUAUUUUAUUUGGAUUUGAUUGAAUUUAAACAUAAAUCAAUUUAUGAAUACUUUGCUGCUAGAGCUAUGAAGACAGAUUUUGAUAUUCAUAAGGAAUCGAUAUUCAAACUUUCCUUGAGUGAAUUGGAAAAGUUCAACAUUAAUAAAAAGACUAUCAUCAACCCAGGAAAAAAUUAGACAGAGUACUAAAUCCUUAAGAAAUUUUAUAAAUUAAUUCAGAAAGACAUUGAUUCUUAGUUUUUCAGAGAAACUUACUAUUUAGACUCUCUUUAGCAUAAUAAUAGAUACAUUUAAUAUUUAAAACGAUCUAUCAUCAAAAAUAGCAACGAUAUUAGUUUAAUAGAUAUUGGAGCAUCAAAUUUAAUUUCUGUACUUUUUCUAUCAAAUUUCUAGUUUCCUAGAUUAAAUCUCUCUAGGUGUUCUUUUUCAAGAGCGUAUAUCCCUCAAUAAAAAGAUGAAAGCAUUAAUCUUGAUUACUGCAACCUAAGUGAAGCCUAUCUUAAAGGCUCAAACUUAAAUUUUAUUUAUGCAAAUACAAAAAAUGCAAACUUCCAUAGUUUUUAAUUAAAAUAUAAUUCUAAAAAUACUUUUUCAUACAAAAGCGUAGUGAUAGGAGAAGGAAAUUCCAUUUAUGCUUUAUCCCUAACAGGAUAUUUAAAUGAGUUUAGAAUAUCGAAAGGCGAUUUUAGUAUUGUAAGAUCUCAAAGCAUAAGCUAGGAACCUUUAUAUGAUUUGUGCAUGUGUAGUGGGAAUUUAAUUUUGCAUUCUGACAAUAAUUUAAUUUAAGUAAAUAAAAGGACGUUCAGAAAUGAAAAUUAGAAAAAAUUUUCAGAGGGAAUUAAAUAUAUUUGUGUUUCAACAUACAACCAAAUUCUUGUUUUAACUGGAACUAGUUCAUGCUAUUACGGGUCUUUUGAAUUUGGUUUCAAUUUCAUUAAAAAUGUUAAAGGAAAUAAGGCAAUGUUUUCUUCAACAGGAAACUAUUUACUUUUAGCGAAUACAGAAAAUAAAUUAGAAAUUAGAAAGGUCUCUGACAAUUUUAAUAACGUGACAUCAUUGUUUUUCAAAGCAGAAUAAAAAAUAGUAGCUGCAUUUUCUUCUGACGAUACUUACCUUUUAGUUGCUUAGCAAAAUAAGCUAAAAGUACUAAAGCAAUCUUAAAAUUAAUUUGUUCUAAGUGAAUAGUUUGAAAUUGAUAAUUAAAGCGCAAGUGAUAUCGUUUCUCUUGCUUUUUCUAACAAUGAUUAAUACCUUGUGAUUUCUUCAUCUAAUAGUAGUUAAAUUAGAGAGUUCAUUUAGCCAAUUAACUCUACAAAAUCACAAUCUCUUACAGUUAGUUAAAUUAAUACUAGUAAAGCUCUUGAAAAAAAUGAAUUUAUUAUAAAAGUUAUGAAUUUUAUAGCAAUUAAUUAAACUUUGUAAUUCACAAAUGAUAGCUAAUAUCUUUUAGCUUAUAACUAAUUUUAGCUAUCAUUGUUUGAUUCUUCGUUUGAAUUACUAAACUAAAAACAAUAAAAUCCUUUGAAUGAAAUAAAAGCUUUUGCUAUAUCUCCUGAUGAGCAAAAUAUAGCUCUUUACUCAUUAGAUGAUAGCUGCAAAUUUUUCAACACAAGUUAAAAUUAUCAACUUUAAGACCAAUUCAAUAAUAAUACAUUGAUUUCCACUUAAAUAGCUUUUUCUUCUGAUGGAUUAUAUUUCGCAGUCUGUUUUGCAGACAAAACUUGCUACAUAAGAAAUGCUAAAAAUUUUUUCAAGCAUAAAUGUGAAAUCCCUAUAGAACUAAACAACAAAUGUAUCCUAGAUUUUUACAAGAAAAAAAACAGAGAAUACUUGAUCAUAGUGUCAGAUUUGAGAUACUAUAUACUUGAUGUUUAAAAUGACUUUUAGAUAUUAAUUAAUCACCCAUUGAUAAAUUCAGCUGCUGCUAUUGCUAAAAACGGACUUCUUUUAGCUUAUUGCCUAGAAGAUUCCUUAACAGUUUUUGAUUUAUUUGAUAAAAGUAAAAUCAUAAUCAAAGAAAAUAACUACACAGACACUAACAAAUUGAUAGCUUUUUCAGGAGAUUCAAAGUAUUUUGCCCAAUCUUUUGAAAAAACAAAGUGCCAAAUUUGGCUAUUAGAAAAGUAACAAAAAAAAACAUUAACUUGUCACGAUUAACAAAUAAGUUCUAUUGCCUUUUCAGGAGAUGGAUAGUAUUUUGCAACUAGCUCAAUAGAUUUCACAUGUAAGCUUUGGAGUGUGAGCACAGAUUUUGAUUUGCUUGAAACAAUAGAUUGUUCUAACAGCUGUGUAACAUAUCUUACAUUUUAUCCACAUAGGAAUAUCCUUGUCGCUUGUGAUUAAGAUUUUUCCUUUCAGCUCUGGGAUAUAGAAAAAAUGUAUAUUUCCAUCAAUAAAAAUAAAAUAAAUUAAGGAGAUUAUGUAUCCUCUCAAUUCUCACCAGAUAAUAAGUACCUUGCGAUUGGAACAUCAGAGGGAUAUUGUAAAAUCUGGAAUACAAAAAAUUACAAAUCCCUUUUUAAAAUAAAAGUCUACUCAAAGUCGAUAAAUUAAGUAAUUUUUUCUUCUAACGGAAAGUAUAUAAUUACAAGUUCAGAAGAUAAAACCUGUAGGGUGAUUGAAAUACAAAACAACAAUUUCAAACUAACAAAUUAUGUGAUUUAUCAUUUCGGACCUAUCAUUUAAAUUUGUAUUUCGCAAGAUUGCAAAUAUCUAGUCACUUCUUCCACAGAUAAAAAGUGCAACAUAUGGAAUACAUAAGAAGGUUUUAAAUUAUAAUCUACUUUAAAGGAUAACAACAACAAGAUAAUUUCUAUAGUUUCUAUAUCUGCCGAUAGUUCUCAUUUAGCUUGCUGCACUGAGAAAGAUAAUGUGUUAAAUAUUUAUAACCUAUCAGAUUUGAAGCUCAUUUAUAAAAAAUAAUUUAAGUUCACUAUAGUUUCUAUAAUUUACUCUUCAGAUGGUAACUAUUUAAUAAUAUGUACUCUGCAUGGAAAUGAAAUAUUGAGCAAAUUCAAUUAUUAAACACUCUUUAUUCAAGAAAAUGAUUUAAAUUUGUAUAAAUCUCUCACUGUUUCUCAGGAUAGCAACUAUAUUGCUGCAGUUCAUGAAUUUGAUGAUUAAAAUGAAUGCUCUUUAAUCAAGAUAGAUUAGGGCUUUAAAGAUAUUUAAAAAAUACAGCACAUUUCAGAAUAUUUAAAUAAAGUUUCUAUUUCUAUCGAUGCUGAUUACUUAGCAGUCAUGUCAGAUAAAGAUUAGUUUAAAAUUUUGAAUAAAUAUUCAAGAAUCUAAAAUGUUAAACAAAUCAAAUGUAAUCGAAGAGCUAUAUAUUCAAUUUGUUUUUCAAAAGAUGGCAGGUACCUUGUUACAAGCACUUCAGAGGAUUUGUGCGAAGUUUGGGACAGCUAAGAUUAGUAUAGAAAAAUUAAAGAAGCACGAAUAAGUCAUAAUCGUCAAAAUUUUAGUCAAAGAAAUAGUUCAAGUGAAGAAGUUGAUUUGCUCCUUUCAAGUUUACAAAAAAACCAAAUAAUUUUAGAUCUAAAUGCAGAGAGUUAAUUAAAUAAAUAAUUUGAAAAAGGGGAAUAAUUUGAUAGCAAUUCGCAUAUUUUCGCAGCUGCUUUUUCUUUUGAUGACAUGUAUUUGGCUACAGCUUCAUCAGACAAGACAUGCAAAGUGUGGUAAGUUGAGAAUUCUUUUUAUUUGCAUAAAACACUUACUGGGCAUUCUAGCAGCGUUAGUUCUGUUUCUUUUUCACCUGAUGGGCAAUAUUUAAUUACAGGAUCAAAGGAUAGUAGCUUUAAAAUAUGGUCUUUAUUAAAUGAUUUUUAAUUAUUAUAAACAAUACAAAACUCUUUCAAUUAAAAUUUUCCUAUUAGCUCUGUCGCAUUUUCAUCAUAUGGCAAAUACUUUGCAACUGGAUCAUACGAUAAUUCUUGUAAAAUAUGGAACGCAUAAAAUGAAUUUAAACUCUUAUAACAAUUAGAUGGGCACACAUCUCAUGUUUAUUGCAUUGCGUUUUCAGAUAAUGAUUAAUUUUUUGCUUCAGGAUCUUCAGAUUCUACAUGUAAAAUUUGGCGAAUCGGAGACAAAUUUAAGUUAGUAAAAAGCAUUGAAUUCCACAAAUCCGGUGUUUAUGCACUAAAUUUUUCAAAAUAAAGUAAAUAUUUAGCAACUGGAAGCUAUGAUGGUACUUGUGGUAUUUGGAAUGCCUCGUCUUAAUUCUAGCUUAUAAGUUUAAUUAAUAAUAUAUAAAGUGGAAUAUAUUCUUUGGCUUUUUCUAAUGAUGGAGAGUAACUUAUUAUUGGAAAUUAAAUAAGUAGUAUGUAAACUACAUUAAAAACUUAAAAUAAACUACAAAUUAUCUAAAUAUAAUAAGAUUAUAAUAGCAUAUAUUUAUUAUGA